UUUGUUUCAUAAGCGUUCCCGGAAGUCUCGUAAUGUUGAGUCUCUGGGGUUAGAAACUCCGUGGUUUGUCCUUUGAGCGACUAGAAGGAUUUGGAUCUCAUUUCGCGACAUUUUGUUGUUGCAGCAUAGGAGCACGGGCGCGCUGGGUAUGUAACAGUGAAAUCCCGGGAGCCUGAACGCACAUCGGAGUAGCAACUCUUUCUCACCGUAAUUUAAAUAAUCGUGCACCUUGCUACGAACGAAUAUUACAAGUUGAUAGAGUUCCCGAGCGUUUUCUUAAACAAGCUAGUACAGUAGUUAGCGAACUCACGUUAGUUGCACGAGUCUAGUUGACACCUUUAACCAACAAAAAGCAGAAGUCACAACUUGCAGUUUGAGGGUUGUUCUGCAGGAAUGUCGCUGAAAGAAAGACCCACGUUUUAUCGGCAGGAGGUGAAUAAGACGAUUUGGGAGGUACCAGAACGCUACCAGACGUUGUCUCCAGUCGGGUCCGGGGCCUACGGAUCAGUUUGCUCGUCGUAUGAUGAGAAGACCGGUCUGAAGAUCGCAGUGAAGAAGCUCUCCCGGCCAUUCCAGUCCAUUAUCCACGCCAAGAGGACCUACAGAGAGCUACGUCUGCUCAAGCACAUGAAACAUGAGAACGUGAUCGGCCUUCUAGAUGUCUUCACACCUGCUACUAGUCUGGAGGAGUUCAAUGACGUGUACCUGGUGACCCACCUGAUGGGGGCAGACCUCAACAACAUAGUCAAGUGCCAGAAACUCACAGACGAUCACGUGCAGUUCCUCAUAUACCAGAUCCUCCGGGGAUUAAAGUAUAUCCACUCAGCAGAUAUCAUUCACAGAGACCUGAAACCCAGCAAUUUGGCUGUGAAUGAGGACUGUGAGCUGAAGAUCCUGGACUUUGGGCUGGCGCGGCACACUGACGACGAGAUGACGGGUUACGUUGCCACACGCUGGUACCGGGCACCAGAGAUCAUGCUGAACUGGAUGCACUACAACAUGACAGUGGAUAUUUGGUCUGUGGGAUGCAUCAUGGCUGAACUCCUCACUGGCAGAACGCUGUUUCCCGGUACUGACCAUAUAAACCAGCUUCAGCAGAUAAUGCGUCUGACAGGAACGCCCCCAGCCUCUCUAAUAAGCAGGAUGCCCAGCCACGAGGCGAGGAACUACAUCAACUCCUUGCCACAGAUGCCCAAGAGGAAUUUUUCUGAUGUGUUCAUCGGUGCCAACCCACAAGCUGUGGACCUGCUGGAGAAGAUGUUGGUUCUGGACACAGAUAAGAGGAUAACUGCUGCCGAGGCUCUGGCCCACCCCUACUUCUCCCAGUACCACGACCCUGAUGACGAGCCUGAGGCUGACCCCUACGACCAGAGCUUUGAGAGCCGUGAGCUGGAGAUUGAGGAAUGGAAACGGUUGACCUAUGAGGCGGUGUGCGAUUUUGAGCCACCUAUCUUUGAUGGAGACAACAUGGAAUCGUGAUUGGAUGAUGUGAUUUCUACAAGCCUUUCCCCCUCAGCCCCUACAACUUUAUAUCACUGAGGUUCUCACUUAUCAUACGACCUUUGGGAAAACAAUAUCAUCCGAGUGCCUACAAACGUUUGUCUUUCAUUAUAUUUCUUAAGCUGGCGCUCUCUCUCCCCCCAUUCUGACUUGUAAAUGUGUUGCAAGGGAAAAAUAACUCAAAUGGCCUGGUCCCAGAUCUGUGUUGUGGCAUGACAUGGCCAUGGGAGUUAGCUAUUCAGCACAAACAGAUCUUGGAACAUGCGAAAACUAAAAUGUAGUAAAGGAGAUUUUCAAGUACUGAAUAUCUGUAUUUACUACACUUGUAUUUAAGGCAGAAACAGAGGCAAGCAACAAGCAACAACCAACCACUAAUACCAUUAUUUGUCCAUUGCUGGAAAAUGUCAUGCUUCUGUUAUUAUUCUGUCUAUAUGUAUGUUUUAAAUGGCACCCUAUUUACAAUAUAGGAAAUAGGGUGCCAUUUGGGAUGAAACCUAUUUCAACUACACUGAUCAAAAAUAUAAAUGCAACAUACAACAAUUUGAAAGAUUUUACUGAGUUACAGAUCAUAUAAGGAAAUCAGUCAAUUGAAAUUAAUUAGUUAGGCCCUUAUCUAUGGAUUUUGCAUGACUGGGAAUACAGAUAUGCAUCUGUUAGUCACUUUUGUAUAUAUAGUGUAUGCGGACACACCCGUUGCUGACAGGUGUAUAAAAUUAAGCACACAGCCAUGCAAUCUCCAUAGACAAACAUUGGCAGUAGAAUGGUUUUAGUGAAGGGCUCAGUGACUUUCAACGUGGCACUGUCAUAGGACGGUGCCGCCUUUCCAACAAGUCAGUUAGUAAAAUUUCUGCCCUACGAGAGCAUCUCGGUACAACUGUAGGGGCUGUUAUUGUGAAGUGGAAACGUCUAGGAGCAACAACGGCUCAGCCGCGAAGUGGUAGGCCACACAAGCUCACAGAAUGGGACCGCUAAGUGCUGUAGUGCGUAAAAAAAGUCUGUCUUUGGUUGCAGGACAGACGAGUUCCAAACUGAGUUUGGAAGCAAUGUCAGCACAAGAACUGUUCAUCAGGAGCUUCAUGAAAUGGGUUUCCGAGGCCGAGCAGCCACACACAACCCGAAGAUCACCAUGAGCAAUGCCAAGCGUCGGCUGGAGUGGUGUAACCUCGCCACCAUUUGGACUCUGGAGCAGUGGAAACGCAUUCUCUGGAGUGAUGAAUCACGCUUCACGUGGCAGUCUGACGAACAAAUCUGGGUUUGGCGAAUGCCAGGAUAACGCUAGCUGCCCCAAUGCAUAGUGCCAACUAUAAAGUUUGGUGGAGGAGGAAUAAUGGUCGAGGUCGGUUUUUCAUGGUUCGGGCCCCUUAGUUCCAGUGAAGUGAAAUAUAGCAUACAAUGACAUUCUAGACGAUUCUGUGCUUCCAACUUUGUGGCAACAGUUCUGGGAAGUCCUUUCCUGUUUCAGCGUGACAAUGCCCCCGUGCACAAAGCAAGGUCCAUACAGAAAUGGUUUGUUGAUCAGUGUGGAAGAACUUGACUGGCCGGCACAGAGCCCUGACCUCAACCCGACCACCUUUGGGAUUAAUUGGAACACCAACUACGAACCAGGCCUAAUCGCUCACAUCAGUGCCCGACCUUACUAAUGCUCUUGUGGCUGAAUGGAAGCACAUCCCCGCAGAAAUGCUCCAACAUCUAGUGGAAAGCCUUCCCAAAAGAGGGAAGGCUGUUAUAGCAGCAAAGAGGGGACCAACUCCAUAUUAAUGGCCAUGAUUUUAGAAUGAUAGUGUCCACAUUUGCCUGUGUGUCUACAUACUUUUGGUAAUGUAGUGUAGGGGUGUGGGUUAGAACCAGUCAGUAUCCGGUGUGACCUCCCUUUGCCUGCAGUGCGAACACAUCUCCUUCGCAUAGAAUUGAUCACGUUCUUGAUUUUGGCCUGUGAAAUAUUGUCUCACUCAAUGGUUGUGCGAAGUUGCUUGAUAUUAGCGGGAACUGGAACACGCUGUCCAUACACGUUAAUUCAGAACAUACCUUACAUGCUCUAUGGGUGACAUGUUUGAGUAUGCAGGCCAUGGAAGAACGGAGACAUUUUCAGCCUCCAGGAAUUGUGUACAGAUCCUUGUGGCAUGGGGCCGUGCAUUAUGCUGAAACGAGGUGUUGGCGGCAACUGAAUGGUACGACAAUGGGCCAGAUCACGGUAUCUCUGCAUUCCAAUUGCCAUUGAUAAAAUGCUAUUGGGUUUGUUGUCCGUAGUUUAUGCCUGCCCAUACCAUAACCCCACCGGCACCAUGGGACACUUAUUCAAAGUUGACAUCAGCAAACCGCUCGCCCACACUAUGCCAUACAUGUGGUCUGCGGUUUUGAGGCGGGUUGGACGCACUGCCAAAUUCUCUAAAACGAAGGAGUGGCUUAUGGUAGAGAAAUUAACAUUCAAUUCUCUGGCAACAGCUCUGGUGGACAUUCCUGCAGUCAUCAUGCCA